AUACGCCGCCCGCAACAUCUGACUCGCGCCGCUAUCGCCGGGUCCAGACUGACAAGCAGAUCUGAGUGUACGAGGAACACCAGACUGUCUCCGCGCGGGACGAUUCUUGCCAUCACCAUGUCGCAACCCAGCACAGGCGACGUCGCGGCUCAGAAUGCGGACCAGUUCGUGGAAGCUGUUUCAGCUGCGAUGCCUCCGAGCAAGGAACGCCAUCAACGCGUCUCGGCAGAUGAGCUCCUGCAAGAGCUGAAUCGCGUCCCCUUAUUCAUGACCUCGCUCGACGAGACCGACGGCGAAGGCGGAGAGAACAUGCUUCUGGAAGCGAUCAAAGCCAUUGCUUUCGAAGGCACUCCUCUCGAGGUCGCAACAAACUUUCGGGAACAAGGGAAUGAAGCGGCACGCACGAAGCUAUGGAAAGAUGCGAGGGAAUUCUACACAAAAGCCAUCCAGGCCGUGCGAGGUCAGGUCAAGACCACAUCUGCUGAGGGUGAAGCACAGCCCAGAGUGGAAGAGAUAGAAGACCCAGCAGAAGAGGCCAAAAAGAUGCACGCCCUCGAAGAAGCCUGUCUUACCAACCGUGCUCUAUGCAACCUCGAGAUGACUGCCCUCCGCCUCAACCCCAAAAAUAUCAAAGCAUGGUACCGCGCCGCCUCCGCCUGCUUCGCCCUCGACAAACUCCCCGAAGCCCUCGACGCAUGUACAUCCGGCCUUUCGUUCGAUCCCGCAAACGCUUCUCUCCUCGCACUGAACAAGAAAAUCGAACACCGAACAUCCCACCUCGCAUCCCUCGAAUCCGCCCGUCUCGCCCGCGAACAAGCUGCUCGAACCAAAGAAUCCAUCCUCCGAACCGCUCUGACCGCGAGAGGCAUCCCUCCCAUUCGCAAGACCGACUCCCCUCCUGAGAUGGAAGACGCCGAAAUCUCCCUCGUUGACCCAGCGGAUCCGUCCUCACGCCUGCAAUUUCCUGUCCUGUUUCUCUACCCGCUGCAUGCGCAGACCGACUUUGUAAAAGCUGUCAAUGAGCUGGAAACGCUGGGGCAUCAUCUCGAGUACUUACUCCCGGUGCCGUGGGACGAGAAGGGAGAGUAUGCGACCAAGGAAGAGGUGGAGUGUUAUAUGGAGACAAAAGAGGGCGGGUUGAUCAAGGCGGGAAAGAAGCUGGAGAUUGUGAAACUGCUAGGGAGUGGGAAGGUGGAGGUUGUGGAUGGAUUGGUACGAGUCUUUGUGGUCCCGAGUAAGAGGGCGAAAGCGUGGAUUGAGGAGUUCAAAAAGAGGAGAGGCAAGAAUUAG